AUGCUCGUUUUAGGUUCGGCCAUACCCCAUUUUCAUCUUCCCUCCCAAGUCGAGUGCCCAACGAUAGCACAACACGCCUCGACCCAUCCGCCCGGCCAUAGACUUGAUAGGCGUAUGAAAGUUGCCCAUCGGUAUCGCGAUUACCGUACAAUGCUUGCAAAGGCGUUUCAUGUGCGAUCAAAACAUCCAGGCUUGUGGAAAGGCGCAAUAGACGCCGAGAGUAGAUAUUCACUGCACAUGGAUCGUUAG